UAACUGUCCUGGCCCGUAGGGCUUCUUGUUCAUUAAAGCCACUUCCUGACAAAUUUGUGGGGGUGGAGUGUUUUUAGAAUAUCUGGUUGAGUUCGAUUAUUUCUGGAAGAAUGCCAGGUAUAUUCCUCAUCUUUCUAGUAUCGUGGGAAUGCAAUCAUCUCGUUAACAGAGCUGGAUUACUUGUAUGGAUAUGACGAUUUGGAUUAGAUCAUGGCACCUUCAGAGUCGUCCUCAGACAGGUCUAAAUGUGAACUGCGUAGACCCUCUGGGAAGAUCGGCUCUUCUGAUGGCUAUCGACAAUGAAAAUCUGGAAAUGGUUGAGCUGCUGAUAGAAAACAAGGUCGAUACGAAAGACGCCCUUCUUCAUGCCAUCAGCGAAGAGUACGUUGAAGCUGUGGAAGUGCUCUUAGAACACGAGGAAGCUAAUCAUAUUCCUGGAGAACCUCACAGCUGGGAAGCCGUGGAUCACGAUUCCUCCACAUUCACUCCUGAUAUCACCCCUCUUAUCCUGGCCGCCCACCGCGACAACUACGAGAUUGUCAAGAUCCUCCUGGACAGGGGUGCCGUCCUGCCUGCCCCUCAUGACAUUAGAUGUGCAUGCAGCGACUGCGUCCGUUCAUGCUCCGAGGAUUCAUUAAACCAUUCACGGUCUCGCAUCAACGCAUACCGGGCUUUGGCCUCACCCAGCCUCAUUGCCUUGUCGUCGAAAGACCCCAUUCUGACGGCCUUUCUGCUCAGUCACGAGCUGAGGAGGUUGAGCUACUUAGAGCACGAGUACAAAUGCGAAUAUAUGGAGCUAAGGAAAAAGUGUAUGGAUUUCGCCACGUCCCUCUUGGACCACACUCGGAGCUCUUACGAACUUGAAGUGCUCUUGAAUUAUGACCCGUCCGGACCUGCCUUCGAGCAAGGAGACAGAAUGCUUCUGAGUAGGCUUAAACUGGCCAUAAAGCACAAACAGAAGAAGUUCUGUGCCCAUCCAAACGUCCAACAACUCUUGGCGUCGAUCUGGUACGAGGGUCUUCCCGGAUUCCGACGCAAGAAUAUUCUGCUUCAGUGCUUCGAGAUCUGCCGGAUUGGUCUCUUGUUUCCCAUCUACGCUGUAUCUUACAUAAUGGCUCCCUAUUCCUCUGUGGGGCGAACUCUCAGGAAGCCUUUUAUAAAAUUCAUAUGUCAUUCUGCAUCUUAUGUAACUUUCCUCUUUUUGUUAAUUCUUGCAUCUCAAAGGAUCGAAACAGUCAUUGUUGAUUGGUUUGGAACCGAUGAAAUGAAAAAGAAAAUGAAGUCAAGCGUGACCACAAAGCGAGGAGCGCCACCUAGUGUAGUUGAGUGGAUGAUACUAGCUUGGGUCAUGGGACUUAUAUGGAGUGAAAUCAAGCAGUUAUGGGAACUUGGCCUUAUGGAAUACAUUGCAGAUAUGUGGAACAUUAUAGAUUUUAUAACAAACUCCCUUUACGUUGCAACGAUAGCCCUUAGAAUAGUUGUGUAUUUUCAGGUGAGGAAAGAGAUUAUGUUGAAUACGGGAACUGCUCAUUUACCAAGAGAAAAUUGGGACGCUUGGGAUCCAAUUUUAAUUGCAGAGGGACUUUUUGCCACAGCCAACAUAUUCAGCUCUUUGAAACUCGUCUACAUUUUUUCGGUUAAUCCUCAUCUGGGUCCUCUACAAAUUUGCUUAGGACGAAUGGUCAUCGACAUCGUAAAAUUCUUCUUCGUGUACAGUUUAGUGCUCUUCGCAUUCGCUUGCGGAAUGAACCAACUUCUGUGGUAUUAUUCAGACAUGGAAAAAAAGGCAUGUUUUGAAAAACCUGAAUCAUCGACAGUGCAGUCUGGAGCUUGCCAUAACUGGAGAAGAUUUUCCAA